AUGGAAGAGUAUGUUGACAUUCGAAGUCAUUCUGAUAUUACUUUCAAUGCCCAGUCAAAAGUGAAGGCCUUGGAGAUCGUUGAAAAGGCAACAAAUGCUAUCCUCAGCCGCAACUUCCACCGGUUGGCUGGGAAUUGCAUUUCUUUGAAUUUUCUGUUAGUUCACGAUGGUGGUCGUAGAGAUGGUUUUGAUCAAUUUAUGGUUUUUAUUGGAGAAAUGAAAGCUGGAAGUACGUCCAAGCUUAUUGUCGAUGCGCUGUUGCAGCGUUUCCUUCCACUUGCCAAGCGUCGAAUUGAAACAGUUCAAGCACAAGCAACGGAAUUAAUAACAUACAUGAGAACAGAUGGGCUAAACAUAUCAGAUGAAGUGGCAAAGGAUGGCCAGUCCUUUAUUAUGUAUACUUCAUUGUUGCUGCUAGAGAUUCCCUUCCUCUUGAUUCCAUUGCCCGAUUGA